GUUUUGUAAAAUUUGGGGAGAGAAUGGAGAAGAGCAUCGGAGUGCUGAUGACAUGUUCAAUGUCGACGUACCUGGAAAAGGAGCUCGAGAAUCACUUCACCGUCAUUAAACCAUGGAAGAAUGGGGUCUCUGCCGGCGACUCUAUCAGAGCGGUCGUCUGCAACACGAAGCUUGGCGCCGACGCCCAUCUCAUCGAUUCCCUCCCCAGUCUGGAGAUCGUGUCGACUUACAGCGUUGGAUUGGACAAAAUCGAUCUCCUCAAAUGCAGGGAAAUGGGGAUUAGGGUUACCAACACUCCCGAUGUUCUCACCGACGACGUCGCCGAUUUGGCAAUUGGCUUGAUUCUCGCUGUUCUUAGGAAGAUUGUCGCUGCCGAUGGCUUCUUGAGAAGCGGCCAUUGGCACUCUGCUUCUUUUGGUUUGGGCAGAAAGUUCAGCGGUAAAUCAGUGGGAAUCAUUGGGUUGGGGAGGAUCGGUUCAGCAAUCGCUAAGAGAGCUGCGGCAUUUGGCUGUCCAAUUGGUUACCACUCAAGAACCAAGAAACCAGAGGCCGACGCCGAGGCUUAUAGGUAUUACUCAGACGUUAUAACCCUAGCCAAGGAAUCUGAUAUUCUGGUUGUAGCUUGUGCAUUAACAGAAGAAACCCGGCACAUCAUUGAUCGGAAAGUGAUUGACGCAUUGGGUCCGCAUGGGAUUCUGAUCAAUAUCGGGAGAGGUGGGCACGUGGAUGAACCUGCGCUCGUGGCCGCUCUGCUGGAAGGAAGGAUCUGCGGGGCCGGGCUCGAUGUUUAUGAGAACGAACCUCAAGUCCCGGAAGAGCUGUUGCAGAUGGAGAACGUGGUCCUGGUUCCGCAUGUAGGCAGUGACACAGAGGAAACGUGCAGAGACAUGGCUGACCUUGUCGUUAGGAACUUGCUGGCUCAUUUCAAAAAUGAACCUUUGUUGACCCCUGUUGUGUAAAACCCAGCCUUCUGGAUCAGUGGCAACAGUGAUGAUGUAUUGUGGGAUUGAUGAAAACAAACCCUGUAGCCAGAUCCAUCAUCAUUUAAGCUCGUAGCGUUUAGCUUCUGAACAAUAUGGACAAGAAUGUAGGAGACCAUGGAGAAGAUACCCUUUUUGGGUGGACAAGCACCCAAUCUAAUAAGAGAUUAUUCCAACGAGUUGCCCUGAAACUCGUACUUAA